AUUUUCUCUCUCUAGCGGUUACAUUUUAUCUGAAAUCUUAUUUAAAAGUUUGUCCAAUUUUACAAUUCUCUCCCCAAAACUCGCUGUCUGUUUCACUUUGACACAAUUUAAUUUCCCUCCCAAUUUCCUUAAACGUCACUGUAAUUGACUCUAACCAAUUCAAUUUUUCCUUCCAAAUGAACUUCAUUACACACUCAACCGAUCAAUUAAUUUAACCAUCCGCCGCCGUCAUGAGUGGUUCUCAAUCUUCUUCCUCCGACUCCGAUUCCGUCGCCGGCAUUGAUCAGAAUGUUCGGCGGAGUGGAACGGCUGGUCAAACUUUGGCGACUACUGAUUUACCGCGGCGGUGGCACGAUGUUUUCUGGUUAGGAAUUUUCUUGCUUCAUUUGAUCGGAUUAGGGUUUGCUCUUGCCAUUCUUGGACUUAAUAGGUUUAAGAAAUCCGAUAGGUUUAAUCUUGAUAGAUUUACUACUGCUGGGAGUUCUUCUGAGAAUAUUGGGGAUUUAACUGAGGAUUAUUGGCCAAUGUAUGCCCUUGCUGGUGGAGUUGGCACUGUUCUUGGUUGGACUUGGUUGUUGAUGCUCGGUUCUCGGUCUAAUCAAAUGAUGAAGAUCUCUGUUCAUAUUUUGACUACUUAUCUUGCUGUUAUUAGUGUCUUGUGUUUCUGGUAUGAGCAGUUUUUCUGGGGUGUUGCUUUUGCUAUCGGUGCUGCCUUGCAGUUUUUGUAUGUCAUUUCUGUUGUAGAAAGACUUCCAUUUACCAUGUUGGUACUGCAGAAAGCUGUGAAGAUGGUAUGGGGUCUUCCUGAGGUUAUGAGGGUGGCAUAUGCAUUUAUGCUAAUCAUGCUUCUAUGGAUGGGAAUAUGGUCUUUUGGAGCAGCUGGCGUUGUAGCUUCGAACAUGGACGUUGGUAGGCGCUGGUGGCUUCUUGUGGUUCUCUCAGCUAGCUUAUUCUGGACAGGUGCAGUCCUCUGUAAUACUGUACAUGUUAUAGUGUCUGGGAUGGUGUUCCUCGUUCUUAUUCAUGGUGGUCGAGAAGCAUCAUCUAUGCCUCCCAACCCAUUGGCAAAGUCUCUACGGUAUGCCAUCACAACAUCUUUUGGCAGCAUUUGCUAUGGCUCUCUCUUCACAGCUGCAAUUAGGACAUUGCGCUGGGAGAUCAGAGGAUUGCGCUCAAAGAUAGGCAAGAAUGAGUGCUUGCUUUGCUGUGUUGAUUUUCUCUUUCAUCUUGUGGAGACGCUAGUUCGAUUUUUCAACAAGUAUGCAUAUGUCCAGAUAGCUGUUAAUGGCAAAAGUUUUAACCAUUCAGCUCGUGAUGCCUGGGAAUUAUUUCAAUCAACUGGAGUCGAAGCACUUGUGGCCUAUGAUUGUUCAGGUGCUGCUCUGCUGAUGGGAACACUCUUGAGUGGGCUAAUUACGGGAACUUGUUCAGGUGUUUGGACGUAUAUAAAAUGGAAUGACAGAGUAAGCAUGGUAGGAUCCACUGCAAUGUUGAUGGGGAUGGUGCUGGUCGGACUAGCCAUGGUUGUGGUUGAGAGUGCGGUUACAUCUAUUUAUAUCUGCUAUGCAGAAGAUCCCUUGUUGAUUCACAGAUGGGAUGCCGAUUUCUUUAACCAAUUGUCUGAGACACUGCACCAACGACUACAAUAUAGAAGUGACCGAGCUAGGGAAGUAAUUACCAGCAAUCGGUUUGAUGUUCAAAUACAAGAAGGUAUCACUGUCUGAAAAACUCAUCUUGGUUUAAUUAGAAAUACAUUGUAAUUUACUGAACAUUAAACUGAUCCAAGAACUGAAAUCUUGUUUUCUUAAGUUUCGUCUUUGCUUUGUACUUUAUUACAUAGAAAUGAAAGUGAUAGGCUACAGAUUUA